UAAUAAGAUGUCAUGUAAUGUUACCUGUCGUUAUUUCUUAUUCUUUUAAAUCGAACACAUUAAUACGUGCUCUAUGGCAGCCAAAAAGGCGUAUUAAACUCUAACGUUAAUGUAGCAACCGCGUCAAAUAUACUGUCUGUGAUAAAGUCAGCGCAUUACCGAAGCGUUUAGCCAUAGCGUUUAGCAAUCUCAUAUGCCUUAUGAUUCCUCAUCCCCUUCCAAAAAUGUCUGAUGAAAAUGCAUCUGACUGCAGCCUGAUGUUGUGGCACACUUGCUAUAGAUGUAGUCUGGUUUAGUGUGCUUGAGAUAUAGAUUUGUAUCUCCCAGAUAGCGCUCAUAAAUGAGUUACUGCACGCGAGACAGUUUACUAGACUUGGUGCCUCUUGGUUUCUACCCUUAGAUGGAUUCAUCAUUACAUCCCAUCGAAGUGAGGGAACAAAACUGAGAGACAAGAGCAGUAUGGAGUGGCCUGAGGAUUUUCCUGAGGAUCAUGCCUUUGUGGAGCUGCUGGUUCCCGAUGCGUUCAAUGAGCUGGACAUCGAACAGCUUCUCCAAGACACAGAGGAGAAACUCAAACUCAACGCCAUCAGUAUUGAACAGCACCUGAAGGAGCUCCAGGCCAUGAUGGGGGACCCCAAGCAGGGGGAUCGUCCACCAAGCCCCACAGAGUGCAUGCAGUGGUUCAACCUAAAGGCGGCCAGCAAUGUGAGGCUUGUCGCCACAGGGCAUCAAGAGCUCAUGGACUUCUUCAGAACCCUGCAACAGUACCUGAGGUCAGAAGAGGAGGGCACAGAGGAUGUGACACUCCAGCUAUUGUUGAAUCUAUCUGCACAGUGUGGCGUCUGCUUUCCAUCUACCCCCUCCUCUUCUUCUUGUUCGUCCUCUGUUCCUCCUCAACACACCGCCUCUUCUGUCCCACUGAUCCAUACUGUCAGAGAUGACUCCUCCAGAGAGGUCCAGGAGGCAUGGGAUGCCGUACGUUUCCAGCUACGCCGCCACCUGCUGGACCGGCUGUCUUCCUGCAGCUCAGAGCACAAGGGACCCGGACAGGUUUACACUCUGUCCGUCCCUGAGCGGAUCUACUGUCUCCAACAGCUGUGCUUUCUUUACCCUGAGUCUGAGGUGCUCACACAUUACCAGGGCCUGAGGAGCCAGUCAGUGCUGGCUCUCCUGCACUCUGCCCUGAGCUCCAGCCUGGGCGGUGAGACAGGCUUUGACAGGCUCGCAUCAGGUUUCCGCUCCGUGGCCCCGGCCCUGACCCAGGCCCUCAGAGAGGAGCUCCACGUCGUUUCAAGGCUAGUAGAGCCACCCGCUGUCCUGGGUUUCUUCAAUGCAGCCUACCUCAGCACCGUGGCCCGGGAACUGGCCUCCAUGAUGGAGAAAGAGUGUGAGACGGCCCUGAAGGACAAUACCACAUUCUGCGGCAAGCUUAGGAAAUACUCAGCCAAGUCCAGGGCAACUGUAGCACCAAUGGAGGUUCCUGCGAAAGGCAGAAGCUUCAGUUUGACCUCCCACCAGCUGGGGGCGCUAACCCAGCUUGCUUGCACCUUGCUGGGACUCGAGAGCAACAUGGAGGAGCUGGUCGCUGACAUGAUCUUAAUUAAUUGUGACAGAGAGGUUCCCUGUGUCAAAGGCAUCUUAAAAAAGAACAAAGAAGACGUGAGAGUGAACGACAUCAAGCCCACCGCAGGCCCCCUCCACACACCAGAGGCAUUGACUCUGGAGUUUGAUUGGAGGUCAGCGUUUAGGGGGCUUGUCCCUCAGAUGGCGCACUGUGUCAAAGUGGUGCUGGAUGACGUCUGUGCCAAGAGUCUGCAGCAGGAGGAGGUCCUGCAUACGUCUGGGCACACCUACAUAACCCUGAGCAACGCCACUAAACACAGCCCCACUGCUGCCAGCAACACACCUCUCAGAGAAGACUCUUUUCACUCCUGCUCCGAGAGACAGACUCCCAAAAUGAUCGCCCAGUUCUGUGAUGCCAUCAUGGCCAAGCUGGAUGCCCUGCUGCCCUUGGCAGUAGCCUGCAGGGACAGCUCUCUUGUGGAGGUGCGAUCCAGCUUUGUGGAGGCUUGUGGCAGAGCAACAUCUGCCGUGCUGGACCGUCUGGAGCAGAGGGCCCUGGAGGUACCAUCCUCCACCCCGCUGAAGAACCUGCCCGCUCUGCUGGCCACUUGCAUUUAUGUGCACCAACGGCUGGGACACUACCAUGCCAGGCUGAAGGAUUCAGCUUCCACCACAGCUCGAGUACCCCUGACCCUGCUGCCUAUCCAGAAGUACCAGGAUGCAGUGGAGGCAUUGAAAAACCAGCUGAUCAGCUACUGCGUCCAGGUUUGUGCUACCAGUAUCCUUCAUGACGCCGAGAGCCACCACUGGGCUGAUCCCAAGGCCUUCUACGAGGGUGAGCGCUGUUCCUUCUCAGUGCAGAUGUGGUUCUACUUCCUGUGUGGGUUGCGUAGCGAUAUCUGGGCGGUCCUUCCAGCAGAUUUGGCCAAGGACGUUCUGGGCCAGGUGCUGUCUGAGACCCUGCAGCUGCUGGUGCAACAAUACGCCAGGGCCCGGCCUUCGUACAAAAGACACCUGCAAGUCAGGUGUGACAUUACAGCGUUGUUGCUGUACGUAGAGCAGCUGAUGUUUAGUGUGUGUGACUCUCCUGAGGCCUUGGUGCGCUGCGACCCUGCCUCUGCAAUCGCCAUAAUAUCAGGUGGAUCCAACUGGCCGUACCAAAUCCACAACCUCUGUGACCAGCUCCUUUCAGUCAUGGUUGUUGUCACAGCACCCCUGUCUUUGCUAUAUGGGACAUUUAUGAAUAAACACUCUCCACCACACCAGCCCGACAGCAGUGGCUUAAACCUGGUAUACUGGCUUAAUGCUAUCGACCCUGACCUGUUCACAGAGCAGUCCAUACGGUAGGACGGCCUGACGGGCCAGGCGGCCUCUGGGUGUCAGCUGAGGCUGCUGACCUCUGACCCCGGAUGCAGUCCCAGGUUGCUUCUGAGGAUGCUGCUGCACAGAGACUGUCACCUGCCCAGAAUACUCCUGGAAAACUCGCAUUUCUGUAAGGAGAGUGACACAGAAAUAUCUCCAGAGAAUUAUAAGGCAGGAGAUGAUUUCAUUGUUACGUUGUUUAACUUCCUCACUUCGCUGAAUGGUGCCCCCAAGGCCUUGACUCAGGUCCUCGAACCAUACCUAGACAGGAGAUUCAUAUGGGAGCAUCUCUACACACUGGCAGACAUGACACAGACAGUCCCUGUAGUGGUCAGCUGUGUUCGGGCCAUGGUCAUCAAGCCUACCAAGAGCCUCCUGGGACACCUGGUCUCCAUGGUGAUGGGCUGGCAGGCCACUGAGGAGCACAGCGGAGCCUUGUUCAGACGGGACAUCCCAGAGAGUGUCCUCGCUAAGGUCCCCAAGGAAUGGAACUACACACCACUGGAGCUACGGGGAAAAGAGACUGCUGCCAAGAGUGUCGUGUCAUUAGCCGUUCAGGCCUUGUCUUUCAUCUUUACCAACCUGCCCUUGGCUGUGGCCGCCGUGCCCCUACCCAUCCGCUUCCUCUUCCAUGCGGCAGAGAAGCACCUCUCCCAGCAUGCCCGGCAGCUGCGCUCCAUGGGCCUGUUGCUCUGGGCCCUACUAAGCUGCCUGGUGCAGGGCCUGGAGGACCCAGACACGAUGGAGCAGGUCAGUGGCCUAGCCCUGGACCGUGGGGCCAAGGACCGCCUGGCCCUGCUGGCUGAGUGCCUCCAGGCAUCCAUGGGCAUUCAGUUGAAGGGUGUCCCCAAGCCCACGGUGCAUAAGGCGCUGCAGGCACUAGAGGAAAACAGACCCAAGUGGACAACAAUGCAGCUCCAAAAGGCCCGCAAACUCUGCUCAGACAGCGUGUUUGAGCGAGGCAGGGAGAGCGGAGUUGCUGUGGCUGAACUGACUGAGCAGAAAAUAGGCCUGAUGCUGCUGGAGGUCUGCCACAAAGCAGGUGGCAGCGACUACCUGAGGCAGAUCUAUCACAUCAUCCAAGGCAAUGAGGAGCUGUUGAGGUCUAAACUGAGUGAAACUGCAGACUUGUCUGAUGAUCCUCCUCACAUGGUGAAUUUUGACCUUGCCUCUGAAGGUCAAAUGAAUCAUAGAGGACCCCAGCCCGUUUCAAUCCUCUCAUCCAGUUUCAAUCCUCUCAUCCAGUUCGACCACAUUGACAAGAAGAAGCUGGAUCAGAGUGCCGUGGCUGAGUGGGCAUGGGACUGGCCAAGGCUGCUGCCAGCCUAUCAGGGCAUGAGUCGGGUCACCUUCACAACUCUACUGGCCAACAGGUGGGAAAUGCAAGACGGUGCAGAGCUGGAGGAUGAAGAGAAAGCUCUGGUGGAGGAGCUGCAGAAAGCCUACUUCCCCAUCUACUGCUGCCAUGGACCACAGGACCCCUCUGAAGCUGCUGAGACGCCGGCGGAGCAGACUCAGGGGGAAACACAGCCAUCUGAUAAAAGUGCUGCCCAAUAACACAUAAUUCACUGCAGUUUUUUAAUCCCGUUGUAAAUGUUUGCUAUUAAUAUGUGCAGCUCCCCAGGUAAUGGAGAAUAUAUGUGUCUGUAUGUGUGUGUGUGUGUGUGUGUGUGUGUGUGUGUGAGAGAGAGAGAGAGAGAAAGAGUGAGUGAGAGGACAAGACAUUGUGGAACAAAAAAAAAAAAAAGGAAAAAAAAACUGAGGGAGACAGUGCCUCCCAAUCUUUAUGCAUAUGCCUCAGACAAACUCACUGUGCUUUUCUAAGCUGCAUCAGUGGCAUUUCAUCUUUUUGGAGCACAUCUCCAGAAACCAGUUCUGGGAAAUGGAGAGCCAGGAUUUGUUUGCCUGGGACAAGAUGGGACUGUGUGAUCAUUGUAGGUAGUUGAAGUUUUUUUUCUUUUUUUUUUUUGAGGCUGUGACUAUAAAGACAUUGGAGUCAGCAUACUUCCUCCUGGUUCCUGAAAGCAAACAUCAAAUAUUACGGUUUGGAAGCAAGAACAUGUGUGUUUUGAUUACAGUGUGUCCCCAAAAUGUGUCCCACUAUGUAAUAUCAAUCAGAAUUUUUGUGCAAACUGAGAAAACACUUAUUUUAUGUGUAACACGAUUACUCAGUAUAUUUUUACAAGUUUGUCCUUAUUUUGUUAUUUAUGAGAUGGAGAUGAAUGUUUCAGAAUUAAGUAUGAAAAUAAAAUUACAUUCUUACUU